ACCACCCUUUCCAUAUCUUUUCCGUUUUCUCUACCUCUUCUUCACAUGAACUAUUCCCUUUUUUUAAAACUCUUUUUCUCCUUCUCUCGCUCUCCCUAUCUCCUACUUCCCCCUCACUCCCUCCUUUUCACUCUUGCUGUUGUUGUUCCUUUCCCUCGUCCCCCUCUCCUUCUCCUUCUUUCUGCGAUAAAUGGGCUAGUCAGCGGCGUUCGCGGCGGGGGGAGGCGCGCGCUGAUGUCACGGAGUAAUCCCGACGCAGACGGUCUAACGGCAGGCCAUCUCACUGCCUUCCCUCUUCACCAUGGAGUCUGCCAUCAGCACCCUGGUCACUCACUUCAAGACCUUUGCUGGGAAGGACGGCUCCUCCAGCACCCUGAGCCGCGAGGAGUUCCGCAGCCUGGUCGCCUCCCAGCUGCCCACCUUUGUCAAAAACAGCAGUGAUCCCGGGGUAAUUGACCAGCUCAUGGGUUCAUUGGACGAAAACAACGACGGCGAGCUUACAUUCCCGGAGUUCUGGCAGCUGAUUGGAAAAUUGGCCUGCAAGCAUGGGGGCUUCAGCCAAUAAGAAGCCAGGGUGAUUUGGCUCUCCUUAGCAAAUCCAUUGUAAUGAUGUGGUAUUUCUUAAAUUUGGGCCAAAAGUGGUUGUAAUCAUACAGUACAUUUUUUAAUAAGAACUCAUAUAAAUGGUUUAUUUAAUCCUCUUCCGAUAUAGAAGUGUAAUAAUAAAGCUGUUCUCGUUUUAAACCUUC